AUAUCAAGGAGAUGUGGCGCUGUAAACAAUCUUUGAGUUUUCGGUGUGUUUAGGGUGUUUCUCACAGUGGUAUAAGUAAGCCAGGUCUGAUAUUGGUAGACACUCCUAUACUUGUAAAUUAUUGUUUGGUAAAUCACAAGAUUCAUCACAAUUCAUUUUUGGAUUAUUUUCUGAAAUAACAUGACUUGGUAUGUUUACUUAUUUAUCCAGAAUUUUCGAUUAAAAACAAGUCCUCGUGUCUAAGUUGGUUGACAAUAUCUUUACAACGUUGUUUCUUCUGUUGUUCACACCAUACUCAUUAGAAUUUAGUGAACAUGUAGUGAGGCCUUUGAAUGUCAUCGGUUGUUGUAAUGGCGCUUGUGUAUUCUAAGAAUCAUGAAAUAGUCAUUUGGUUGAGCGCUGAUUCAGCAAUACGUAAACUAAACACAAUAACGUCACAUGAGAAUUUUCCAUACUAUAUGUAUAUACAUUUAUUACUCGAUCUAUCAAAUGUACAUCCUACAUUUGUCAAAUUAGAUAGUCUUGAUUUAGUUGACAAUUCUGAGUUUUUUUGUCGUGCACCUGAUAUUUGCUUAUCUAUAGUUGUGACAGUAUAUUCAACUAUUGGUCAAGUUCAUCGCUUCUGAAAUAAGACCUAUCUCAUAUAAGUUAGAUAAAAUUGCCGCACAGCGACUACGUGACAGUAAAUACCAAAAUAUCGGGUUUAUUUGGUACUGGCAAAGAAUAAAACUACUAUUAUUUUAUAGCGCUACCUGUUGAACCUCUUUUUUGGUGGUCUUCACAAACUCAGUGAGCAAUGCGUCCAAAACGUGUAAUGUUCUGUUAAAUUGUGGGUUAGAAGACUCAUUAGCUCUAGUGGGUUGGUGUGUAGUCAGAUUUCGGUUUUUUUUUCAAAAUUGUAUGGAUUACGGAGUAGGUGAUAUGUUUAUCUGCUUAUCAAGGUGCAACUAAUACUGUAUGGCAGUAUGUUUUAUUUUAUGGAUAAGAAAUUGGAAUUAUAAAAGUAAAAGGCAUGCUUAGACUGUAUGUUUCUAAUAGACGUCUUCUGCACAUUUCUUGCUAAUGCUGGAAGUACCGAUUUAAAAAUGUAAGUUUGAGAUGCAUGGUACUAAGCAAUCCUGCUAAAUCGAAUAAGGCUGUAAAUUCUUAUCGACUAAUAUAGUAGGGACAUGUGCUAAGUAAGAACGACGAUUCAGUAGUUAAGGCAUUCAGGUUUCAACCACUACUUCGCAUAUUAGAACCCCACUCCUUCAGUUUAAACAACCAAAUAAUAUCUCUAGCCCUUUCACUUAAAUGUUUUAUUUAUUCAAACGUAAACAUUGGUACAAAGAGGUAACAAAUAGAUAUGCGCCACAUAAAUCAUUCGGUAUGUGCGAGGGCUGGGAUACUGCCCGGGUGCCCAACCUGAAGCAGGUGGUUUUCUCAAGGGGUCACACCGGAUUCUUUGAACUAAAGGUCUAAUCCACAAGGCAGUGGAGCAACGUCGGGAGAUACGGUCUUGUGGUAGCCGAUGACCGACAACAGGUUUAUAAGCCUUUUGUUCCCUUAGGAUCCUGGAGCCCAUGUGCACCAUUGUUUUGGAAUCAGGGUUUUCCAACUCCCCUAGGUGGAUCCUCCAUAUCCACUGAGCCGGUUAAAGUGCCAGACAUUCCUUUUCGUCUUCUCAAUUUCAUAAACAACAUUAAUUUCGCGAGAAGGCGGUGAGUAGGAUUUCCUGACGGUGGUUGUAUGCACCUGGCUAUGUGAUGCAUUUCGAAAGGAAGAGCUGACUCUCCCCACUCUCGGCCGUACCAGGGCAUUUUGGGGUAGAUUAUCGUUCGAGGACAAGUUUGUGGAGUUAUUGACUGCUGGAUCAAGGUCUGUAGGUUGGUCCAGACUACCUCGUUAGGGCCCUCUUGAUUAUCUCAACUAUUAGUUGGAGACGUUUGGUGAUUUGACUCGAAAUCCCUUACUGGCGUAAAUGCGAUCAAACCAUAUCUUCUAGAGCUAGCCCCAGUAUUUCUUCAUACACAAACCUCUUCAUUUUGUCUUCUUAAACCUAUCCUGUAUUCAGUCUAUCUCACUGUCAUUGGUGCCAUAAUUAUUUUGGCUGGGUUUGUAUUCGUUAUAUCGAUUCCAUAUUAUCGUGCUCAGUGGUAUGGCGACUCGGGUUAACGCGUAAUUGCGUUAAACUCUCUGUCGAUUAUAACUGACUGGUUCCCAAAAAUGUAAUGUUUUAGAAGGGAGAAUAGCUUUUCAUUUAAUGAUGUUUGUUUUGGAAAAUAUAUUACAACUUGGAUAAAAACUCAAAUAUACAAGGAAAUUUCAAGACACCUACUAUUUAAACAAGUUAAAGAGAAACGUUUGUAUGUUGUGUAGUCCAAAGUAAAAACAUAAUAGGUUAGCUAAAACAACAAUGUUCUGUCGUUGUUUUCUUUUGAAACCCAUACAAUACAUUCCGUGUUUAGAUCACUUGAAUCUACUUAGCAAACCAGAACAAUCAGAUGUGAAAGAUGAAUAGAUGUCUAAUCGAUUUCUAGUACAAUUUGUUGAUUAUAUCUGUUUUGUCUCUCAUCUAUCACAUGUUCAAAUUUCUUCUGUUUUAGAUAUUAAUGAUUACAUGGACCAGACAGAUGAAUUGGUAUUGAUCAGUCAUGAAGCAAAAGAAUUUUAUGAUGAAAUUCGUGGACUAGUUGUUGUCUUUUUGCUAUUCACCAUCCUUUUCUUUAUUGCUCAUAUCACACUUCAGUAUUUUCUAACUAAAACGGAAUGUGAGCUAAAGCCAUACCGAGGUGAACGUUUGGCUUACCAACUGGUCUUGGGUAUAUGUACAUUUACACUGACGAUAGGCCUGACUUCAUACAGCUUAUUGCCGUUCACCAUCAUCACCAAUGAGAUUCUAAUUAUUUUUCCUAAAUCUUAUUAUGUACAAUGGUUAAAUGGGGAGUUAAUACAAGACUUGAUAUUGCUUAUAAAUAUCGGGUGUAAAAUAUCUUAUUUAACUAUACCAUUUUCUUUUUUUCUGUUAAAUUCCCAAGGAUUUCUAUACAAAUCACAUUCCUUGACACCACGCUUGGUUUAUUCUUUCACAAUGGUUUUAUUCUUUUACAUUUUAUGUUUUGGUACGUCAUGGUCGCUAACCAGCUUUGUAUCAGCAUUGAAUUAUUAUUUUUUAUCAGAUGUGUUACCUGCUAGUGAUAGCAACUCAUUCCUUGCAUCCCAUCAUCAGACUUAUUUUUCUGUCAGUCCUACUCAUCACCUUGACUAUUAUGAAAAUCACCCAGUUUCACUUCUCCUGGAUUACGUGAAGUCUGUUGGCUGGAUAAGAUUUCUUCAGGACGUUUUCAUUCAGGUGAUAUUUAUGUCAGCCUUAGAAUUAAUUCAAAUGACAGCCUCUUUAUUAGGACUGUUAUUAUUAUUUAUUUGUACUCCAGUGGGUCUACUGUCUAUCGUCUUAAACCUAAUAACAAUCAGUAUACAUUCUUUACCGAAUUUAAUACCAAAGCAAACAUUGCAUAAUCGUAUUGAACAAUUAAAUUUUGAAGCGUUAACCGUCAUGGAUGACAUUAAUUGUAUCCAACUUCUGUAUACUGCUGGCAAUAUGAUGCAUGAGGAAGAUAAUUUUUUGGUUCAUAAAUCAAUCUGUUUUCGGAAUUAUAUCGAUGUCAAGUCAAGAGAAGAGUUAUUACUCAAGUAUACAAAUGAGUUGGAUUUGUUGAACUUAGAAAUAUUACAGAUUAAACAACGUAUAAACGCACGUACGUUUUUGCGAUUUAUACGCGAAUCUACACACUUACUUUUUUAUUUCUUCUGUUUAAUCUUGCUUUUUGUUCUGUUUCGCUUAUUGGAAUCGUUUGUAUUCUUCAAUAUCAUUGAUCUCUUAUGGAGUAUGGUUUUUGGCAGUUAUGGUAGUAAAGACAGCAGUAGUUAUUUGGUGACAACAGAAAGCAAAGAUUACUCAUCAUUUCCGGGUAAUUCUGCAGAUUACAGUUUUAAACUUGGCUUAAAACCUGUUUCGUCACUUGGACAUAUUGGGGCUGCUUUCCAGGUCUGUCUGGUGCUGUUUCUUCUUGUAUUAAGUUUGUGGGGUUUUUACUCACUCCCAUGUGCUCGUUCUCUUCGACCGAGAUAUCACGCAACGAGUUUGGAUAUUAUGUUGGCGAACAUUUUGUUAUUCCUAAUGUUAAGUGCCGCACUUCCUCUGCAAACCAAUCUGCUAGGAUUAACCACACUCACCUUACCUAGUCCACUUAAAACAGAAGCUAUCAUGUUACCCACAUAUUCAGGAUGUUCAAGUCAUGUUUGCGAAUCUUCACAAAACCGAUUUAUUUGUGCUGAAAAUACGUCCAACUGUCCGAGUACAAAAUCGAGCAAAAAAUCUAUCAGUUGGUGGACAAAACUGAUCAGUGGCACAUACUUCGAUUCAUUCAACUGGUUUAAUUUUAUCCAUAUAAUUAAUCCAUUUAGUUCUUCCUCUCCGAAUAAUCUAGAUGAGUUAACGGUACCCCGCCCGAUCCAAGCUAAAAAACAAUCGGUUUUCCGUCAGUUUAUUUCUCGUGCUUUCGGCUAUUCAUCUGUUUCGCCUAGUUAUGGGCUAGGCCUAGUCAUAUUAACGUAUAACAUUUGCUUCCUGGUUUCUUCAAUGUGGAUUGCUGGCCGACGAUUAAGAGAUGCUACGUUGUCAAUCAGUUUAGAUGUGGUAACGACGAUUCGGUGUUUGCAUCAGUUGGACAUCACAUCUAAACCUAGUUCACACUUAGAACGUACGGAAUGGCUAAAUGAACUGCCUUGUACCAACGGUUCAGAAGAACUUGAUCGACGUAUUUACUAGUCAUAGUCUAUUCUAUCCUGUCGACAAUUCGAUUGUUAUGUGUGUUUACACAACUAGUGGAAAUAUUUGUAGUAUAUUCAUAGGUUUGUUUUCCUGCAUUUUCCUCUCUUGUCGAAGAACUAGUCGAUAUAUAUAAACUUUCGAGUCGAUAAAAUUUUAGUACUUGUUACUUCAAGUAAUCUCUUUGUUCGAGUAUAUUUUAAUUUAUGUCUAAUUUUCGUUCGAUACUUUGACAGUUAUUGGUUGCAAUUUCAUUCCUCUUUUGAAUAGCCAUUCGAUUUUCUUUAUUAUUUUUCGGUUUUGGUUUUUCUCAAUUUCGAUAAUCUGUUGUACAAAAGAUCAUUAACUUAAUUCUAUGGCUAGAAUUUUAUUUUGUACAUAAAUGAAUUGUAAAUGAAAUAAUCUUACAUUUGCAAUUGUUAUGAUUAUUAUUGCCUGAAAAGUGGGUUACUCUGAUAAAUGAAAGAUAUAUGUG